AUGGCCGCCAGAACCGCUAAGAUCGAGCGCAAGACCAAUGAGACCCAGAUUGAGGUUGCCAUCAGCCUCGACUGCCAGCCGGGUACUGGCAACAAGCAAGAGAUAUCCGUCUCCACCGGCAUCGGCUUCCUAGACCAUAUGUACACUGCCCUCGCGAAACACUCCGGAAUGUCCCUCACCAUGAAGUGCCAAGGCGACCUCUGGAUAGACGACCAUCACACUGCAGAUAAGUAUCGCACGCGUCCUCGUCGCAGGAAUGCACACGCAAUAGCACUAGGCACUGUGUUCAAGCAGGCUCUUGGCGAAGUUCGGGGUAUUCGCCGAUACGGGACUGGGUUCGCACCGCUUGACGAGGCUCUGUCUCGCGCAGUGAUUGAUAUCUGCUCAAGACCAUACUGCGUGACAGACCUAGGUUUGAAGCGGGAGAAGAUAGGCGACCUCUCGACGGAGAUGCUCCCACACAUUUUCUAUUCCUUUGCCAUCGCUGCGGGCGUCACGCUGCACGUCGACGUGUUGCGAGGCGAAAACGACCACCACAGGGCCGAGUCCGCGUUCAAGGCGCUUGCGCUCGCUAUUCGUCAAGCAAUUGAACGCACAGGAGGGGACGAUGUCCCGAGCACCAAGGGUGUUCUCUAA